AUGGCUACAAGUCUUCCACUACCAGCGUUACCCAAUCAUCCUGGUCGAGCAGCGUUAAUAUCUGGUGCUAAACGAUAUCCGGCGAGUCAAAAGAUUCCAAUUAGUAAUUGUUCAGCUUGUUCGAAUUCUGCUUCAUCGCCAACAUUUGACAAUGUUGAACAUAUUCGAAGUUAUUCAUUAUCACGUACUCAUUCCGAUCAAUCACCAAAUAUGAGUCAUCUAUUGUCAUCAAUACAAUCGGCCAAUCGCCGAACAUCGGUAUCUGAUGUCAAGGAAAAGUCGCGAAGAGCGAGUUCACAAUUGGUUAGAGCACCUAAAAGCUUGCGUGAAUGGCACGAACAACCGGUCAAUCUUCUUGAACAACCUUUUCUAUUAGAUAACGUAAACGUUCAAAUACUUUCACCACAUAGUGAACGAACACAUCCAAGCCUCUUGAGUGACAAUGCAAGAUCGAAAUCCGAAGAUAAUCUAAAUAAUGAACUUGAAGACGAUGAUGAUGAUCAUCAUCGAGCAAUACGUGUAUCAGAUGUGAAUGAAAAUUAA